AUGCCUAUGCACGCUCUCUUUAAGACACUUAUAGGAAAAAGAGUAAGAAUAGAGCUUAAGAACUCCCUAAACAUCGCAGGAGAGCUCUCUGACAUAGACACGUUUUUCAACUUCAAGCUAGCCAAUAUAGAAAUAGAGACAAAUCCGUUAAAUGUAUCGCUGCUAUUCAAAAAAGCCAAGAACAUGUUCAUCAGAGGGUCUUCUGUGAAGCUCAUAUGGAUCAGCGAGGAAAAUGUAAAUAUACAUAAGCUUGAAGAUGCCACAAGAAAAGGCAUGCUGUUUAAAAAGCUCCUGUUAUCGGAAAGAGAAAAAGAAGAAGCCUCCGUGCAGUAG